AAGGCCAAGGCACUGGGAGACCACUGUCCCUGUGUCCCAUUCCCAGGACAGACAUGUCUGACAGAACCAAGAAACGCUUAAGCUACUACUUGAAGCAACUGAGUAAAGAAGAGCUGAAAAGGUUCCAGCAUGAGCUGCUAACAGAAACGGCUUGGCCAGAGGCCAGUGGCACAAAGGUAGCCUCAGGCCUGGUGGCUCAGUAUGGGAAUCACCAGGCCUGGAACAUGGCCCUCCACACCUUGGAAAAGAUGGACAUGACGCAACUUUUCAGCCAAGCCCAGCAAGGGAAGGACCUGACACUGACCCAUGACCCCUCAUUCCUCAGUUUCCCGAGCACAUCUAACGUGGAGUCCUCCAGCCAGCUCGCUUCUGCAGGGUUGAGGCCAGACUACCAAUCUUCAUCUGACCAGAUGUCCACAAAGAAAACUUUUGUAAAGAAACGUACCAAGUCCAGGUGCAGAACGAGAGGAACUGCAAUAAAAACAUGCCAGAACCAGAGAAGAGAGAGCCCUUGCCAUACACGGUCCUGGGAAACUGAAGGUUUCCAAAAAUACACACAGCUGCUACUAUUACAAAAAUCUUGCCCCAGAGGCCAGAGGUCCAUGGUGAGAGAAGGAGGGCACCAGGACAUUAAAGACAGAGGACAUCCAAUUGCCAUCCAAGACUUAUUUGACCCAAGCCCAGGUAGCCAGAAAAAGCCUCAGUUAGUCAUAUUAGAGGGGGCUGCUGGCAUUGGGAAGUCAACGCUGGCCAGGCAGGUGAGGAGAGCAUGGGGGGAAGGCCGGCUCUACAGGAAUCGCUUCCAGCAUGUCUUCUACUUCAGCUGCAGGGAGCUGGCCCAGUGCAAGCAGCUGAGUCUGGCUGAGCUCAUAGCAAAAUAUGAGAAUGUCCACAUGGAUCUCAUAAAGGAGAUCCUGACUCACUCUAAGAAGCUGCUCCUCAUCCUGGAUGGCAUAGAUGAGCCAGCCUGGGUCUUGCAGAAUCCUAAAUUCUAUCGGCACUGGAGCCAGUCACAGCCAGUGCACACACUGCUGGGCAGUUUGCUGAGGAAAUCUUUACUUCCUAAGGCUUCCUUGCUGCUCACAGCUCGGACCACAGAACUACAGACACUCAUUCCUUCCUUGGAGCAGCCACGGUGGGUGGAGGUCCUGGGCUUCUCUGAGUCUGGACGGAAGGAAUAUUUCUACACAUACUUUGCAGAGGAAAGAGAAGCAAUUACAGCUUUUACCUUGGUUGAAUCAAACCCAGUGCUCUUGACCCUGUGCCUGGUGCCCUGGGUGUCCUGGAUAGUCUGCACCUGCCUGAAACAGCAGAUGGAGCAUGGGGGAGACCUCUCACUGACCUCACAGACCACCACAGCCCUCUGCCUGAAAUACCUUUCCCAGGCUCUCCCGGCUCAGUCCCUGGGGUCCCAGCUCAGAGGGCUCUGCUCACUGGCUGCUGAAGGGAUCUGCAGAAAAAAGAGUCUGUUCAGUCUUAAGGACCUCAGGAAACAGAAGGUACCUGGGUCUGUCAUCUCCACUUUCAUAAACAGGGGUGUCCUUCAGAAGCAGCCUAAUUCUACCAAGUACAGCUUUGCCCACCUGUGUCUCCAGGAGUUCUUUGCAGCGAUGUCCUGUGUCUUGAGUUACGAAGAGGAAAAGGACAGCUGUGAAAACUUUAAAGCUGUAGAAAAGCUGAUAGAAGUCUAUGGAAGACUUGACCUGGUUGAGGCGCCCACCAUGCGCUUCCUGUGUGGCCUUUUGAGUGACCAGGCAAUGGAUGAGAUGAAGAACAUUGUCGCCUGCUGGCUGCCUCUGGAGAGGAGGUGGGAGCUACUGAAGAGGGUCCUGGAGGAAGCCCUCCUCCAACACUCGUAUUCACUUGGAUUGCUCCACUGUCUGUAUGAGAUUCAAGAUGAGGAGCUCCUGACACGGGCAAUGCACAGUUUUCAAGGAUCAAGGGUUCAUGUCCAGACAGAUAUGGCGCAUCCAGGAUUCCAGGCAGAUGUGAAGCACCUGAUGAUCCAGACAGAUGUGGAGCUUAUGGUGGUCGCUUUCUGCAUUAAGUUCUGCCGCCAGGUGAAGGCACUUCAGCUGGAUGGGGGUGGACGGCCGGGACAGAAGCUGAGGGUCCCCAGGCUGAUUCUGUCCAGGUGGACCCCCGUCACUAAUGCCACUUGGCAGGUUUUCUUCUCCACUCUUGAGUUCACAGGAAGCCUGGAGGAGCUGGACCUAAGUGGGAAUCCAAUGAGCUACUCCGCAGUGCAGAGUCUCUGUAGGAUGCUGAGACACGCUAAAUGUCACCUAAAGACAUUGUGGCUGGUCAGCUGUGGCAUCACAGCCAGCAGCUGUGAGGAUCUGGCCUCCGUGCUGAGCACCAACUGCAGCCUGACUGAGCUGGACCUGCAGCUGAAUGACCUGGGCGACCAAGGGGUGAAGCUGCUGUCUGAGGGGCUCAGGAAUCCUGCCUGCAACCUCAGAAUCCUGAGGCUGGACUUGAGCUCUCUGAAUGACCAGGUGAUGGUAGAACUAAAGGCUCUGAAGGAAGAGAAUCCCAAGCUGCUCAUCCAGAGCACACGGCAGGAAGCAGAGAGGGAGCUGGAACAGCCAGAGUCUUUGAAACCACAAAGCCCACCUCCCAGUGAUGUACUCCCUGAAACAAGGCCGCAGCUCCCAGACAGCACCGCCAGCUGGAGACCAAGUGUUCAGUGCAGUAGAUUAUGGAAGACCUCUCACUCAGACUGCCAAAGGAAACCACCUGUGAAGGUCUCUACUCCGGAUCUGGAUGAAGGAGAAACGAGUGCAGGCCCACCCUCACUCAAGCGACAGAAACUACAGUUAGCCGUGCCGCACACUCUUCCGCACUCUUCUCCGAGAAACCGGCUCAUCGUGUCUCUUAAGACUGAAGAUGGCUUCUGGGGUAGCACAGGACCUCUGGCUACUGAGGUGGUUGACAGUGAAAGGAACCUGUACCGAGUUCAGUUCCCUAUGGCUGGCUCCUAUCACUGGCCCAGCACUGGUCUUCGCUUUGUGGUGACAAGGGCAACGAUCAUAGAGAUAGAAUUCUGUGCCUGGAGCCAGUUCUUGGGCAAGACUCCCCUGGAGCAGAGUCACAUGGUGGCUGGGCCUCUGUUUGACAUCAAGGCUGAGCAGGGAGCAGUCGACACUGUGUAUCUGCCGCAUUUUGUGGCUCUCCAAGAGGGAAUUCAGGACACCUCAAAGUUCCAAGUGGCCCACUUUCUGAAGCACGGGGUGGUCUUUGAGACGCCAGCUGAAGUGAAGCCACAUUGCACAGUUCUAAAAAAACCCAGCUUCUCUACCAUAGGAGUGAUGCUAAAAAUAAUCCCUGUCACCCGGCGAUUCCUACCCAUCACCUCUAUCACAUUGCUCUACCAUCAACCUCAUGCUGAGGAGCACAAAUUCCACCUUUACCUCAUCCCCAAUGACUGCACUAUUCGAAAGGCCAUAGAUGAUGAAGAAAUGAAGUUCCAGUUUGUGCGAAUACACAAGCCUCCCCCGAUGGGCUCCCUUUAUGUGGGCUCUCGCUACACCGUGUCUGGUUCAGGGACCAUGGAAAUUACACCCAAGGAACUGGAGCUGUGCUACCGGAGCUCCACAGAAGCCCAGCUCUUCUCAGAGAUCUAUGUUGGCCACUUACAAUCAGGGGUCCGGCUGGAAAUAAAAGACAAGAAUGCUGUAGUUUGGGAAACUGUGUUGAAACCAGGGGACCUCAGACCUGCAUCCACCCUGGUCGCUGCAGCCCCUACAGUUGCCAGACCCUCCCGGCACUUUGUGGACCAGCAUCGGGAGCAGCUGGUGGCCCGAGUGACAUCAGUGGACCCUGUCCUAGACAGACUGUACGGUCAAGUGUUGAGUGAAGAGCAGUAUGAGAUGGUCCGUGCUGAGACCACCAAUCCCAACAAGAUGCGGAGGCUGUUCAGCUACAGUCAGUCCUGGGAUCGGGCCAGCAAAAGUCAGUUCUACCAAGCUCUGAAGGAGACCCAUUCUCACCUGAUCAUAGAACUCUGGGAGGUGUGGGCCAGGGAUCUUGGGGAAUGGGUAUCCUGAAAGCUCAACAGCUGAAGCCUGGGCCUUGAAUCACAUUCCUGCCUGGUCUUUCUUUUGGCCUCAAGCCCACCAUCUGUGAUCCCUCUUGGCUUCGUCUUGGUCUGUAAAGCUUCCAACAGUCUUGCCAGCUGCAGGACGCAUUCUCAGAGAUGUCAUUCCCUCUGGACAGCCUACCUGGGAAAGCCAAGGGGGCCAUCUGGGUGACUGUGAGACAUCCUUGGCAGAUGUCUCAGAAUGGUUUACAGUUUAAAACUUAAAAAUUGUUUGUUUCUGGAAUUGUCCAUGUAGCAUUUUCAGGCCACACUCUACUUUGAGCUAGUUAAAAACCCUGCCCCCCCCCCUUUUUUUUAAAGACUAGAAUAUACAGCAGGCACUGAGCACAAUAUCUUGAUUUCACUGCUUAGUGGGUGAGUGAAGGAGACCAACAUUCCACAACUAUAUGGCUAGGAAAUGUAGCACUGUAUACAAAUGUCGGGGGGAUAGAGGGCCCCCAUUGGGAACAUUCCAGUGCCCAGCAGACUCAAGCCUAGAGGACAAAGAAGCUGCAGACAGCAGACUGCUAACAGUGGUUAAAACAGUAGCAGCAGCCCUAAACAGAAGCGAAGAGCCCCACCACCACCACACACAGAGCUACUGAGCAGUAACACUCAGAGUAACUGUAACACUUCUCAGCACUAAAACAACAUUCCACUGCUACCGAGAAUUCAAAGCUCUUUCAUUUUAAUCUCAUUUAAAGCCCUGAUGAACUAAGUGAGCAGCCUGGACACCGCAAGCAUCUGCAAACAUCACAGCAGAAACCUCUACAGUGUUUCCUACCUCUGUGGAACAGAGACUGGUGAAGCUCUGGGGUCUUUCCACCACUGGGUUUGAUAGCUCUUCUCUGGUUGGUGCUAUUUCUUCACCUUAUUUGCAUAUUCACAUUUAGCCAGCUAGGAUCUAGCUAGCAUCCUGACAACCAAGUCCACACAUUUCAGGGCUAUAAAGCCAGAACUAUUGCAAGAACCCAUGGAAAAAGAGGAAAGAAAGACUUCCAAGCCUGGUGCUCCUGCUCUCCAGAAAAAGAAGAAGAAGAAAAAAAGUCCUUUGUACUUCAAAGAGCCAGACUCCCAAACACCUACCUCACUCAUAAAGAGGGCAGACUUGCAGGAGGCUGCCUGCACCUGAGGUUUUUCUGUCCUGGGCAAAGCCAGCUUCCAGGACUCAGUUGUUUCUGCCUCAGCCUCCAGGACUUGGCACUGGCUGGGUGGCAAAGGGGAAUUCAUCCCUGCGACUAUUUCCUGCCUCCAAGAACUGCUGCUUCAGAGACUGUGGCUUCAAUCUUCCAACCUUCCAGACCCUCUGGAGACAGGAGAACAGGAGACAGGUGCUCAUGCUCCUCCUGUAGGUACCUACGGACUUGCUCCACAAGGGACUGCUCUUGGCUGGCCUCCCAGAGCUCUGCAAGCCGCUGAGCUGGAACACUCCCCUUAGCUGGAACACUUCUCAGAACUGUUAAGAACA